AUGAAGCGGAGACGCGAGGACGAGGAGCAGUCGAAGAAGUUGUUUCCUCUUCCGCGGCCCCUUCAAGGCCGCUUCGUCCUGUACGGCAACAUUUGCCUGGAUUGUGUCCUGGAGGUUCCAUCGUAUCCCAAAGAGGAUUCGUCGCAAAGGGCAACAGGCUUCACGAAGACGUUGGGAGGUAAUGGUGCGAACAGCUGUCGAGUCUUAGCACAGCUGGUUCCAUCAGGGCAGAGUGUGAGCUCCUUAGGUAUAGUCCCGGCUCAGGGAGAUGCAGAUGGCGAGUUCGCGCUGAAGAUCCUCCAAGCAGGAGGAGUGGAGACGUCGCUGCUUCAAAGGGGCAGCGCUGCCGAUGACGCUGGAUUGCCAACAAGCUUCGUGCUUCUGAGUGCAGACUCCGGGGCACGGACCAUCAUCUCCUCGCGACGUGGUUUGAAGGAGAUGGAUGCGAGUCAUUUGCAGGAGGUGCUGAAGCAGGUCGAGGACGGUGCACCGCUGUGCUGGUGUCAUUUGGAAUGCCGCCAGAUGCCUGGCGUGCUUCAAAUGGCAUCGGUUCUGCGUCCAGAAGUCCCUGACUUCAGGUCUCCUUUGAAGCCAAUCCUUUCCGUCGAGGUUGAGAAACCUGCCUUGGAAGUGAGCGCACUGCUUCCGUUGUUGCAGCGCUGUGAUGUAGCAUUUUUCUCUAGCGACUUCAUUCGGGCCCAAGCUUCAAACUUACUCGGCACGGACGACGUGCAGGCCACCGCAGGGCAAGCCGAAGACUGGCGGGAUCACCUGGCCCUGCAGUGUUUGCGGGCCCUUGCUUCUAAGGCAACAGAGUGGAGAUCGCUCUGGAUUUGUCCCUGGGGAGCCUUCGGCGCUUUUGCGCUGGAAGUUCCUAGCGGCGAGGCGUAUUUCGAGAAGGCGCUUGCAGUCAAGGUUGUAGAUUCACUGGGAGCUGGGGACACCUUUGUCGCUGCGAGCCUCUGCGCACUGGGAGGCGGUGCAGAUCCGCAGCAGGUGUUACGAUUUGCCUGCGAAGUCGCAGGGAAGAAAGUGUCACAGGCAGGGCUUGCAGGCCUGCCACCCAGAUCGAAUGAGGGAAGGCAAGUAUGUCGUUGCAGAACCUGCAUGUGGAGAUUUGAGAUUUUGAGCCCUGGAGCAAGCAGUUCUGCACCGGCUCUGCCAUGUUUGGCUCGAGCUGCUGGCCAUUUGCCUAUUCCCUCACCACGGCAAGGUGCGGGCCCACAAACCAACAAUCGUGAUGAAGCCUGUACUCGCGCAGGCAACUGA